AACUGCAAAAGGGCGUUUCAUUUUUCCCUCGUCCAAUCAGAUGUGAGGAAGCAGAAAGUACGGUAGUUCCUGUGUUCAGUUCUUCCGUGUGUAGCUGGUCAGCUGACUGACAGCCAUGCGAUUCCGUUUCUGUGGAGAUUUGGACUGCCCAGACUGGGUACUUGCCGAAAUCAGCACAUUAGCGAAGCUUUCAAGUGUCAAAAUGAAACUCCUUUGUGCUCAAGUGCUCAAGGAUUUGCUCGGGGAUGGCAUUGAUUAUGACAAGGUUACAAAGCUAACUGCAGAUGCAAAGUUUGAGAGCGGAGACAUCAAAGCUAGUGUGGCAGUGCUCAGCUUCAUUUUCUCCAGUGCAGCGAAGCAUGAUGUUGACAGCGAAUCUCUGUCCAGUGAGCUGCAGCAGCUCGGUCUGCCUAAAGAACACACAACGGGGCUCUGCAAAUCAUAUGAAGACAAGCACUCAGCACUGCAAGGCAAACUAAGAGAGACAAGCCUGAGAUUGGGCCGACUGGAGGCUGCGUCAUGGCGCAUUGACUACACUCUGAGCUCCAGUGAGCUGAGGGAAGUGAAUGAACCAAUAAUUCAGCUUAAACUGCAGACACAAGGAGCAGAGUCGGGUUCCACAGAGACGACUGUUGUUUCUGUUUCUGCUGACAAGUUCAGAGUCUUGCUUGCAGAGCUCAAACAAGCCCAGACUAGGAUGAAUGCACUACAAUGAGGAUGAUCACAAGCCGAAAAGAAAUGAUGCCGAUAAGGCUACCAAAAGAGCCAGACUUACAUCUUGUACAGUACAAUUUUUUUAUAUUUAGUCAUCUCAAAGGUCAUGUGAAUGACUUAGUCCUAAUUUGUUAUGACUGAUAUUUAGUAGUAUUUUUCUACCACAUUAGUAAUAAUUGGUAGAAAUAUUUCCAGACUGAACAAGAAUACUGAAUGGACCAUUUUUGUAAAAUAUUGUAUAUUGAUUAUUGAACAUUUUUAUUUAAAUGAUGUUCAUAAUUUGUGUUUUACUUAAUAAAGUUCAUACUAAAUUACAAUAAAA